ACCGGCGCGGCCCGCUGGGUCCGGCUGAACGUGGGCGGCACCUACUUCGUGACCACCAGACAGACCCUAGGCCGGGAGCCCAAGUCUUUCCUCUGCCGCCUCUGCUGCCAGGAAGACCCGGAGCUGGACUCGGACAAGGACGAGACAGGGGCCUAUCUGAUUGACAGGGACCCCACCUACUUCGGCCCUAUCCUAAACUACCUCCGGCAUGGGAAACUCAUCAUUACGAAGGAGUUGGCAGAAGAAGGUGUGCUGGAAGAGGCAGAGUUUUACAACAUCGCAUCUCUUGUGCGGCUGGUUAAGGAAAGGAUACGGGACAAUGAGAACAGAACUUCACAAGGCCCCGUGAAGCACGUAUACCGAGUCCUGCAGUGCCAAGAAGAGGAGCUGACACAGAUGGUCUCUACUAUGUCUGAUGGCUGGAAAUUUGAACAGCUGAUCAGCAUCGGGUCUUCCUAUAACUAUGGGAAUGAGGACCAGGCGGAAUUCCUCUGUGUCGUCUCCAGAGAACUGAAUAAUUCCACCAAUGGCAUUGUCAUAGAGCCGAGCGAAAAGGCAAAGAUUCUUCAGGAGAGAGGAUCUCGGAUGUAGACUCCAGAAUCCUAAACAUCAAGAGAGCAGCCCGGCAGAGCACAUCUGUGAAGUUAAAUCUUGCUCCUGUACAGUAACCGAGCUACUGCAAAGCAAGGCUGAGCCUGGCCCCCCGUGGAGAGUGUUCUGGUCAAACCAAAGGAACCCCCACCCCACCCACAGGAACCUGAAGACAGAUGCAACUUCCAGCUGCAGAAUACCUUUUCGGAAACCUGCUUUUGUGUUCUUAGCCAGUGUUAUAACAAAUCUUUACAACUGCAUCUGGGCUGGGUUCCCAGCUGGAGCCCUUCUGGGGACAGGAGAGGGGAGAGGAAGGCCUGCUCCUGGUCCAUGCCUGUGCAGGGAAGCCGGAGCAGAUGGAAGAGGGUUGUCCCUGAGCCGUGCCGCGCCCUGAGUGCCAUGGUGGACAAUGGCGGCUAGCUGUUCUGUAACACUCCCUUCCCCUUCCUUCUGUGCACCCCUACUAAUGUAGCAGACGCACAGGAUUCUAGCUCCCUUUCCCCGAACUGAAUCGAGGGUUUUGCUAAAGGACAGAGUUGCCAGAGUACCCCGCAUUCCUAUGAACUAAGCCUCUUUGAGGAAAGGGAGGGUGGGGCUUCCUUGCUUAUGGUAGGAAGUUGGGGAUUGCUGCCCGGGGUUGGGGCAUUCAGCUGCUGCCACACGGCUUUGCCCCAUUUUUCUCCAGCAUCCUGGACCCUCUAGGUGGCUUGCUUUCUUCCCCGGAAGAGGUUUGAGGCAGGCAGCACUCUGCACUGGGUUAGACAGACACGCGGGAGCUGUAGGUAGUUGGUAUAACUGCUUCUGCAGACUUCUUCCCCUCCAUUGGUCCUCCUUCCUUUCCUGACUUUUUAAACUGGAAUAAAGGGACUUUGGACCCUCUGGUGGCUUAGCGUGGGGACGGCUGUUUAUUUGAGAGUUGCCAAAUGUGUUGUUGUUGUGUCCAAAGUGUUGUUUCUGUGAUUGUCUCUUGGAAAUGCCUUGGCUGAACUUGUGCUAUUUGUUUGCGUCCCUUGGUUUCUGACUUUGGCAGUCCUGCCCCGCAGCCAUGUCAGUGACUCACACCUUCCCACUAGUGUGUAUGUGUUUGCUGGGCAGUCUGAGGACUCCCCACAUCCCUGACCCAACUUCACUGUCCCUUCUUUCUAUGGAGUGCCAUGUCCUUAAGGAUCAAACGCUUGUUUGACCUGGGUGAGCAGAGCUGUGACCGCAGAGCUUGUACCUGGACCCUCUCUGAGCUUUUGAACCUUGGAGAGCAGUUGUUGAACACACGGGGGCCUGAGAAUCCUUGUUUUCCCCCUUGACUCUCAUAGUGCAGAUGGUCCAGAGAAGGGGAAGGUGUCUCGGGAAAGCUCCAUCUGUAAAAGCCACCUUGAGCCGGUCGCUCCUGGUUCCUUCAAAGCUGAGGUUGUCUGCUCCACAGUUCAACUGCUUGCUAGGUGGGUCUGGGGUUGUAAUUUUGGAAAUGACUGUAGACUGUGCCAAAUGUCUUUUGAGUUUGUGACCUGCACAUGCCCAGGAUUCUCACUUUGACCUUAUUUCUCUGUGUGUAAAGUAGGGUAGAAGUAGGGGGGUUCUGCACACCAGCCUGAGCAUACAUGUUGGCACCUCAAGUCUGGCACCUGCCUAGGAUUUAUAAAGGUCGUGGGCACCCAUCCUGUCAUCUUUCAGGAAAAAAAAAAAAGAUUUGAGUGUGUCAGAGAAAGCUGCUCUGACCAGAGGACAGAGGACUGGAAGAGGUGUCGUUUGCCAGUAGGAAUAAAUGAUGUCAGACCGAAAGGAGCAGGAGCCCCAGCAGCCGUGCUUCCCUGGGGGGUGCCUGAUAAUCUGCCUCCUCCCAAGCUGGCGAGGAGGAGUGAGGGCUGGAGGGCGGGCCUGGGCAAGCCCCGCAGGAACGCAUUGUACCUCUAUUUCUCCUUUCAGGAUUCCACAGUGGGCCCUGUAAAAAGGCUGCUGAACCCCUUGCUAAGCGCUCUGAGCACAGACAUAAGUGACAUUUCUUAUCUCCUAGAGGACUGGCUUUCACCAGGUUUCCCUCCUCCUGGCAACCCAGCGACAAUUUAAAUGAUUCCAGUGCUCCAGGAAUGUCAGGAUGGUUUGUUUCGCAAGGUUUCAGGAAAAGCAUUUUACCCAAAUGCUUAUGGACCAAGUGGGUGUUUUCCUUAAAAGGUCUCCUCCCCCAGUGCCCUGCAGAGCCUGCCUGAUAACUUCAGAGAGACGUGUGGGCGUUGGCGUGGGGGUGUCACGUGACCAGUGACCCAUCCUCUCCAGCUUCCCAGUGCUGCCAAGUGGGGAGUGUCUUCCUGCUUCAUUCUCUGCCCAGAUCCAAGGCCACAGGCCAUGCAGGCCAGGCCCAGGGAGCCGCCUGGCACCUCCUGAGUGACAGCACAGUAGUAUGCUCUGUUUUAUCCUCAGAACCUGCGCUUCCCCUUGGCAGUGAGGUGGAGACACUCCCUCUAGAGUGACUUUGUUCCUGCAGUUUUAACUGGUCUUAGGGGUGUCGGGAGGAAGGGACAGAGCUGCUGAAGUGGUAGGGCCAAGAGGACACCCACACCCUGCAGCGUGGCCUUCGAUCCAGAUGUUAGGGACCAUGCCUGUCAUUUGUGGGUGCCCUUUGUGACUGUGUGUCUGAAGAGUCUGAACUGUUGUGACCUUUUUUUUGGUCAAUAAAGACAUGAAAUAAA